GGAACCCUAAACUUGUUCAUCAACACAGAAGAAAUUCACCGCUAAAAUGGGGAAACAACCAGUAAAACUGAAAGCAGUAGUUUACGCUUUAUCUCCAUUCCAACAGAAGGUAAUGCCAGGUCUCUGGAAAGAUCUUCCUGGUAAAAUCCAUCACAAAGUCUCUGAGAAUUGGAUCAGCACUACUCUCUUGCUCGCUCCUCUUAUAGGCACCUACUCGUACGUACAGCACUUCAAGGAGAAGGAGAAGUUAGAACACAGAUACUGAAGAUCUGCUCUUCAUUUGUAUGGGGAGGACGCCUCUAUUUCUAUUUAUGUUUUGAACAGGAAAUAAGUCUGUGCUUUGUAACUUCUCAUCAUUUUGAGGAUAUUUACUUUUGUGGACUAUUAAACGCAUCUAGUUGCUUCAUGGUCUUUUGAAACUUUUGUGCAUCCUGAAUCUUGUACUGUGUUGGAGUCUCUAAAAUUGUUCAUAAUA